AUGGGAAAAGUGAAGUUUCCUAUGCUGUCAAUGCAUUUGAUAUUCGCUUCAAAUGACGUAUAUGCAGCAACACUUGCUCUCCCAAGAAUGGUAUUCCCAAUUUGUGCCGGUUAUUCGACUGGAGUACUUUCAUCUAUUGGGGUACCCAUAUGGAUCGAAGGUUACAUCGGACUCACAAUGUUUUUUCUUUUUGGACCAGCCAUCACUAUGUUUUUCGAAAAUCGGUACAACUAUGUGGUACGUUUGGAUUGUAAUACUCAAAGCCGCAGAUUCAAACGAGCGGUUCAUUAUUUCAUUAAUUAUUUCAUUGCACUCAACGUGCUCAUGCCAUCUUUUCUCAAUUUGCCGGAUCAGUCAGUUGCAAGACAAAUAGCUCUGAAAAAGCUUCCAUGCCUUCCACUCGAAAUAGUCAAUCACCCGAGGUUUUUCAUGAUUGGAAAUGAAGAUCUAAACUUUGUCUGUACUGGGUUAUUCGGCAUCUUUAUUUGGACUCAAAUUAUCUUUUUUGUUGCGAAAACAGUCAACUUCGUAUUCCGAACAAAAGCUCAAUCACAACAAACUGCACAGCUUCAACGAAAAUUCUUCAGAGCAGUAUGCAUCCAAAUUGCUUUUCCAUUUGUGGUGAUCAUGAUUCCAGCUUGCUAUAAUUUAUCAGCAACUUACACUAAUAAUUAUGAUAUGGCUUUUACUAAUGUUUCGGUCAUAGUGACAACUUCACACGGAUUGUUUGCCACUAUUAUUAUGCUUCUUACUCACAAACCUUAUAGAACGGAAACUUUGAAAGUUUUGGGAAUCUAG